AUUUUGAUUUCUGCACAAGGAAGACUUUCUGACUGUAGACUACUGCACUUGUCAACAAGACAAAAUGAGUGAUUGCAAAGAUAAAAAGUGCAAGAAGGGAGAGGGGAAUGAGAGGGGACAAUGCCCAGAAGAAAGCGGAGAAUGUGGAGAGGGAGGACAGGGAAACAAAGGACACAAACAUGAACACAAACAUGGAGACGAACAUGGACACAAAGAUGAACAUGGACAUGAUCAUGGUGAUCAUGAUCAUGAAGAAGAUGAAAAAGGAUGUCACGGUGGUGGUCGCGGUGGUUGUCGCGGUGGUGGUCGCGGUGGUGGUCGCGGUGGUCGUGGUGGAGGUAAAUGAUGAAGAAAUCCUUGAACCACCAUUCUGUGAUAAUGAUGUAAAGAAUGAAAUACAUCUCUAAUAAACUAAUCAAGAAAAAAGCAA